AUGCGGACCGAGGGGAGCACCGCUUAAAACCGGCGGCAACUUCGGCUGUGCUCAAAAGGAAAUCAGAGUUCGUAGUUUAUUUUCACGACGUCGUGGCGCCAGCGGAGUCGAGUCCGGAAGGGGAACGAGUGCCGAUCUCUUGACUGCUGAUCAGAACGUGUCUCAGCCGACGCGACGAAAUCAUCGCAAAGAUGACCACUUCAAGAUCCUCAGGAAAACUCCGGGAUUCAGGCACUGACUGGGCGUACGGCGGGGAUGUGAUGUCGGUUGCUGACCUCCGGAAGAAAGUCAAGUCCCUCAUGGAUAAGCUCCAGUUUCCCAGUGCUGUUUUCUGGGCAGACAAACUCGUGACGCUUAGCAAGGAUAAACCAUCAGACGUUUAUCUAUUGGCAUCCUGUCUAUUCCAUUCGAGGCACUUCCACCGCGCAGCAGAGGUGGUGAAACGGCGAAAUCUCCACCAGGAGAACCUCAACUGUCGUUUCAUCGCGGCGCUCGCGUAUUUGGAAUCGAAAGAAUACGAAUUAGCGACUGAGAUUAUUGAUCUGCCUGCCAUACGGAGCGACGAUCAGGAAUUGCUAGCAGCUCUCGAAGUUAUCAAAGGACGUCUCUACGAAACCCAAGACGACACGCCGAACGCAGUCGAAUGCUACAAGAAAGCUCUCGAGCACGACGGAUGCAACUACGAAGCUCUGUAUCUCCUAGUGAACCACCAUAUGCUCAGCAAGGAAGACGAACUGGAAGUUCUUUUAGUGGUUAAUCGGAACGAAUUUACUUACAAUCUCUAUUCAUCUCUGCUGAAAAAAUACGACGAGCCCGAGAAACCCCGGCCCCCGAUCCUGCGUGGCCUGGAAAACAACGUCGACCUUCUAACGAACAAUGCGGAAAAGCUCUUCUAUAACUGUGACUACCGGCGAUGUCACGAGCUCAUCAACGAGAUCCUCGACCGGGACCCUUUCUGUCCGGAGGCGUUGGAAGUUCAAAUUGCUUGUCUCAUGGAGCUGAACAAAGUCUCUCAACUGUACAUCCUAGCUCAUAAAUUGAUCGAUACCUACCCGGACCACGUAUUAUCGUGGUACGCGGUGGGCUGCUACUACUACCUCGUCCGGAAAGCAGCCGACGCGCGGAAAUAUUUGGAGAAAGCCACCACACUCAGACCGGCUUUCGGUCCCGCUUGGCUUCUCUACGGCCACGCAUACGCGGUUGAAAACGAACACGAUCAGGCAAUGGCUGCUUACUUCAAGGCGAAUCAUCUUAUGCCGGGGAAUCAUCUCCCGACGCUCUACGUGGGACUCGAAUACCAACACCAGGCGAGCACGAAGCUGGCUGAGAAAUUCUUCGAGCAGGCGCAAUCGAUCGCGCCCAAAGACCCUUUCGUCAUCCAUGAGUUGGGUGUUGCGGCGUACGAGAACGGAGAUUACGAUGCAGCUCGGGGCUACUUUGAAAAAGCUCUGGAACUCAUUCAGAAGCCCAAUCACAGCGCCCUACCCGAGAAGUGGGAGCCCUUGCUCAACAAUCUGGGACAUGUCUAUCGAAAAUUGAAGAUGCUCGACAAGAGCAUCGAGUGCCAUCAACAGGCGCUGGUCCUAAAUCCAUAUUGCUCAUCGACGUUGGCCAAUCUCGGCUUCGCGUAUUCCUUGAAGCUCGAUUGGGAUACCGCCAUCGACCAUUUUCACCAAGCCCUCGCCCACAAUCGGGAUGACACGUUCUCGACAACUAUGUUACAGCAUAUUCUCGAACUCAUGCUCGCCGAGAAGAACCUCAACGACCCACCAAGCAGUGAAGCUCAAGUACCCGUUAAAGAAGAGGAUGGCUCGCCGGAGGUGGCAAUGGAGUAGAGAACCGGAUUGAUUGUUGGCCGUGAAAUUCGAUGUAUGUAUAUAAAGUUGAGUUUUUGCAUUCCU